GGCGCAAACAUCACCUGCGUCCGAUCGUCCUUACCACUUCUUUGCACUGGACUAUUCUUCUUCCUCUUUACAAUAUUAACCGCACCAGGGAGCAGCCAGCAGUUGCCGGAUCGCGCAGUCGCACCUGCAGGAUUCUUGCUAACACCAUGGCGUCCCAGGAUAACAAGAAGGCGCAAGGCCUGCCCAACCCUUAUGGCCUCCCGAAUCCUUAUGCCCAAGGAGGGCUCCCCAAUCCUUAUGCUUCAGCGACUGUCGCCUCUGCUGCGCCCGUCAAGUGGACUGAAGAGCAGGCCAAGGCCGAGCAGAUGAAGAAAACUGGUAUCUACACGACUUGCUCCACACGUUGAUAUUGGAUCACUGGACUUAUGUGAAUGUGCAGCUUCCCACUUUCACAACCCCCACAAUAUCAAACGCCCCCAGGCCAAGAAAUCCGGACCCGCCAAAAAGCCCGCCAUGCCUGUCGUGUCUGUGACCGCGCAAGAUGCCUCCCGCGUCACCAAUUCCCAGCAGCACGGCAUCGACUACUAUCGGAGUACCGCAGACGACGAUGCUUCUAUCCUCGAAGAGCGAAGGCAGCGCCAGUACGACGAACGCCAGCGAAAGAAGGAGCAGAAGAAGUUCCAGAAGCAGCACGGGUACUGGAACCCGACCGCUCCCCUCAAGCCCGAGCGCUACUCAAACUUGAAGGCAUACAGGGCAAGCGGUGGUUAUGCGCGCAAGAAGCAGGACUUUGAUGCUUUCCUGCGACAAGCUGCUCAGAAGUCCAAGUCUCGCGAGACUAGCGAAGCUUCCAACAAGUCGCGCCCAGCUUCGCCCUCCAGUGAACAGAUGCCGGGACCAACCAUGAAGAAGCCGUCAUUCGCCCCGCCUGCUUCCUAUGACCCUGCGACUGCCUCGCAACCAGCAGACAUGCAGGCAGAAGAAGACCCUGCUGUAUACCAGGGCGCAACAAUCUCAGGCCCACCCGUCCGCUAUGCAAAUGCUACCAUAUCCGCACCGCCUGUCCGCUACGAGCACCCAGACGUCCCGAUGGGCGACGCCGACGAACCUGCCUACGAUGAGCGUCCCGCAAAGCGCCCCAAGAUCAGCAAGGCCGAAGCCAUGAUGGCCAAGAUGGGCUAUGUCAAGGGACAGGGUCUCGGCAAGAACAACGACGGUGUCGUCACUCAUCUCGAGGUCAAGAAGCGCAAGGAACAACAGAAAGGCAGCACGUUCGACGAAGACGGCGGCAAAGUCAAGUCCCAGCAAGUCUGGGACGUCCGUGGAGGUAUGCGCAAUCAGCAAGACGAGCCCGGCAAGUUUGGCGAAGAAUCGACCGUUGUGGUGGCCUGGGGAUGCGUUGAUGGCAUCGAUUGGGACGAAAAUGCCCAGCGAAACGAUGGUGGUAUCCGACAGGAUUUGGGCGAGGUGUUCGGCGCCAAGUUCGGUCAUGUUCAACAAGUCCAGAUCGACGAAGGCAACAAGGAUGGCGUGGUCUAUAUCAAGUUCGAAUCCGUCAUGAGCGCGUUGAACGCUGUCAAUCGCUUUGACGAGGGCUACGAGUUCCAAGGCCGCAAGAUUCGCGCGCAUUUCUACGAUGAGAAGAAGUGGCAUGCAGGGAUUUGGGAUCAUUGA